AUGAAUGAGGUGAUGUGUCAUCAAAAGUCUUCUUUUCUCAUUGAACCUUCCAUCAACUUCUGGUCAGCAAGUCAUAACAGGGACUUCAGUGCAUACAACAUGGCUUCAGUUCAAGUCCAAGCCUUUUUCGCAAGUACUAGAAAGGUACACCUGUGUGUGCUUGUCCUCUAUGCUUUAAUGCUUGUACAUUCUUCUGCCUACACUACUGCUAAUCUUCCGAUGAGUUCUAGUAUCACUGUUGAGCUCUUAGGGAGGAGAAUGUUAGAAGAAAAACAUGUUCUUGAAGAGUCACGUGAAGUUUCUCAACAUGUCAAGAAGAAGUCAAGUACUUCUCACAAUGGUGUAGGUACAACCCUCUUAACUACCAGAAACAAAAACAAAACUGAACUUAUAACUGCAGAUUCAGCCAAAAACCUGACAAAGCCUUUCAAGCUUGUCAUCUCCGUCAAGAACUCAACGAAAACCAAUACAGAUUCGUCAUUUCAAGCAAAACCCUCAUCAAAGAAAACAAAUUCCACAAAACCCACAUCGAAAACAUCAAAUUUAACAAAACCAAAUUCAGUUUUGAGCCAAAAGUCGAUAGACCCAACAAAGAAAACCAAAUCCACUACCAAACAAUCAAAUAAACCAACAAAAUCACAGGAAUGGAGUUAUCAAGACGAUGAGGAAGUGGAUUUUGUUGAUGGAUUCAGAGAUCUGCCUUCUAGAUUUCAAGAGACAUUGCUACCAGAUUUGGAAGUUCUUUCAAUGACUUCAAAAGUUUAUCUGAAGGAAGCCAAUAAAGGGAUAACAAAUGGCGUGAAACCUAUCGUGGGCACGAAGUACGCACCAACUGUUGCUUCUGUGGUCUUUUUCGCAUUCAUUAUGAUACCAUUUGUUCUUGUUUCUGUCGUCUUCAGUCAGAUCAAAGCCUACUUUUCCCUUCAAAAACUCGUGAUUUUCAUCCAAAUUUACCUCUCAAUCUACUUCUCCAUAUUGUGCCUCACUUGGCUGAUAACAGGUUUGGAGCCAUUGAAGUUCUUCUAUGCUACUUCACAGUCGACAUACAUCUGCAUCCAGCUUUUGCAGACUCUUUCCUAUGUGUUGUACCUUUUGGUGCUUUUGAUGUACUUUGUGCUGGUUUUUUCGACGGAGACAGGAAUUGGGACGAAGUUACUGGCGUUCGGGCAGAUGUUUGUAGGGUUUGCUGUCGGGUUUCAUUAUUACAUGACGGUGUUCCAUAGAGCAGUGUUGCAUCAACCACCAAAGACUAGCUGGAAGUUUCAUGCAAUAUAUGCUACGUGUAACAUUGUGAUUUGUCUGUUAGAUAGGGCGGAUAGAAGGAAGAAGGCUUACGUCAUGGAUGGCAGUGAAGAAGGCAAAAUGAGCUGA